AUGGCCUUUCUCAGUCAGACUUGGACCUUGACGGCCAAAAACUUGAAGAUUGUGUUGCUGCGACAUAGUUUCGCCACAUUUAUUCGAGCCUUUUUGCUCCCUAUCGUUUUGGGCGCAUUCCUGAGCUUUGCCCGGAACCUGCUGGGAACCCCGGCCGUCUACGGCAUCGGCGAUGCGCGACCUAUCCGGUCCCUUCAAUCUGCACUUGAUAUUGCCACAGACUCGGGGCGCGAUACUGUAGUCUUUGUGAACAACGGAUACACCGGCGGCGAUAUAGAUCGCGUCAUUGACCAGGUCUCGAGUACGAUCACCAACGGACACGUGCAAAAGUUGACCUCGGUCACUGAGCUGCGUACCGUCUGUCGUACCUCGCUGCGAGGUGUGUCGUCUUGUUAUGGAGCCGUCGUCUUCAACUCCUCACCUAAUGAGGGCAAUGGAGGGUUGUGGAACUAUACACUCCGAGCCGACGGAGCUCUGGGCACAAAGAUUGAUGUCACCAAAAGCACCAAUGAUGGAGAAGUCUACACGCUUCCAUUGCAGAGGGCAGUCGACUCAACCAUAGCCAGCCUCAACUCAACUAGUCCUUUCCCAAGCACAACAGAAGAAUACCCCUUUACCAGUUUGACCGAGGAGGAACGAGCGCAAAGAGUACGCCAACGGUAUCAGUCUGCCCUUUCCAAUUGGCUGGCCGUGGCCUUUCUCCUGACCAUCAUCGGUGUCUGCUACCACAUGACUGGCUUAAUGGCCACAGAACGAGAGAUUGGCAUGUCACAGCUGAUCGAUGCAAUGAUGCCCACCAAAUUUCGAUGGCAAGCUCAGGCUGCACGCCUCCUGUCCUAUCACAUUGCCUUUACCAUGAUAUAUAUCCCCGGCUGGGUCAUCUCAUCGUUAAUCAUUGCUCGUGGAGUCUUUGCAUCAUCAAAUGUGGGCAUCAUUCUCAUAUAUUUCAUCUUGUGUGGCCUUAGUUUGACUUCACUGUCCAUAUUGGGCGCCGCCUUCUUCAAAAAAUCCCAGCUCUCUGGCGUCAGUUCAACGAUAGUGUAUUGCGUUCUAGGUAUCUUGGCUCAAUCGCUUACGUCGCCAAAUAACGCAACAGUCGCCAUCUUGAGCUUGUUGUUUGCUCCAUGCAAUUUUGUCUACUUCCUGACAUUUGUGGCUCGCUUUGAAAAGCAUUCAUAUCCUACAAAUCUCGUGCAGAGUGGACCUGAAAGUCCUUGGACCUUUCCUGGAAUCGUCUUGUGGGUUUUUCUGAUCAUUCAGAUAUUUGCCUAUCCUCUGAUUGGUGCUUUCUUGGAGCGCAAGUUUCACGGAUCAACAACCAAGGGUCGGACUAUUGUUCGCCAUGGUGAGAAUGGGGCGCCGCAAGCUGCAGUCCGCCUGGAAGGCUUUACCAAGAUCUACAAGCCCAGUGCUCUGCGCCGAAUCUUCUCCUUUAUAUCUCGUCCAAGAGAGCCCGUGGUGGCGGUCGACAAUUUGACCUUGGAGGCCGGUCGAGGUCAGAUCUUGGCUCUGCUCGGAGCCAACGGAUCCGGAAAAAGCACGACUCUUGACUCGAUUGGUGGCAUCAGCGAGCCCACCGGCGGCAAUAUCACCAUAGAUGGAACCGGCGGAUUGGGCAUAGCACCACAGAAAAACGUUCUCUGGGACGAGUUGACGGUGUUUGAACACAUUCGAAUUUUCAACCGCUUGAAAUCUCCCAAAGCCCCAUCUUCCAAGUUGGAAAUCACCGAACUUGUAAAAUCUGUCGAUCUGGGCCCAAAGAUCAAGGCGCGCUCUGGAACCUUGUCUGGGGGGCAGAAGAGGAAGUUGCAGCUCGGCAUGAUGCUGACUGGUGGGAGCGCAGUCUGCUGUGUGGAUGAGGUCUCCUCCGGCAUUGAUCCACUCUCACGGCGAAAAGUGUGGGAUAUUCUCUUGGCUGAGAGAAAUACUCGCACGAUACUUUUGACAACGCAUUUCCUUGACGAGGCCGACCUCCUCGCUGACCAGAUCGCUAUUCUUUCAAAGGGAACAUUGCGGGCUGUUGGAUCUCCUCUCGAGCUCAAGGACCGGCUAGGUGCCGGAUACAGGAUCCACGUGUUCAAUGCCCGGGAUAUCAAAGAUGCUCCAGAAGUAGAUGGCGUCACUCGCAAAGUAUCCUUUGAUGUCAUUAGCUAUAUUGCCAAAACCUCCGCUGCGGCUGCUGAAGUGAUUCGUUCACUUGAGGCGGCCGGCAUCCACGACUACAAAUAUUCUGGUCCGACUAUAGAGGAUGUAUUUCUGCAGGUGGCUGAAGAAGUCAACGGAGAAGCGAUAUCAAAGAUCGAACGAGACGACUUGCCGACCAGCGAAUCAACCGAUAAGCAGGCCAGCUCGGAUUCCGUCCUCGCUGUUGACGGGGAUCUGAAACUGCAGUCGGGCAAGCCAAUCGGUUUUGUGAGACAGUUUUCAGUCAUGUUCCUCAAGCGAUGUACAGUCUUGAAGACAAAUUGGUUCCCGUACCUGUUGGCCUUGGCGAUUCCCAUAAUCGCGGCUGGUCUAACAAGCUUGUUUAUAAUGGGUCAAUCACCUCCAUCUUGUACGCCUACGGAUGCGAAUUCAGGAGGGUCAACCUCGGACUACGACGCCAUUCUCGAGGAUGCUUUUCUCGCAGCCGGACCUGCAUCACAGUUCAGCACGGAUACGCUGUUGCGUUUAUUUACGCCAGUCUAUGGAUCGUCAGUCACUGGUGGAGACGCAACAGGCGCAGCAGGGGCAGCAGCGUCACUAUUCAGCCAAAUUCAGCUGCUGGAUACUCUGGAUGACUUCAACAACUUCAUUAUUCAGGGCAGAAAGAAUAUUACUCCAGCUGGUUGGUGGUUGGGAGACACAAACACUGAUCCCACGCUGGCGUACAGAGCCGAUGCUGGCGAUGUCCUCACGUCAAUCUUUGGACAGAAUGCGCUGGACAUCAUGCUUUCCAACAUUAGUAUCGCCACGUCUUAUAGCCCAUUUGAUACCCCCUGGGUAGCCGACACGGGCAAUUCGCUUCAGUUACUCAUCUACAUUGGCUUGGCGCUAUCGGCAUAUCCCGCGUUCUUCGGCUUGUAUCCCAACAUUGAAAGGCGCCGGCAAGUUCGAGGUCUCCAGUAUUCCAAUGGAGUACGCUCAUUUCCUCUAUGGACCGCAUAUACCGCUUUUGAUUUUGCCAUCGUUCUUGUCUCAACUGCCGUUGUCACCAUUUUAUAUGCAACCUUGUCCAGCGUCUGGUAUCACGUGGGAUACAUGUUCCUGAUUUUCCUCCUGUACGGGCUGGCAGCAACACUGAUGGCCUACGUGAUCUCGCUCUUUUGCAAGACACAACUAUCCACCUAUGCUUUCGCUGCAGCUGGAUCUGCCGUAGGCCUACUCGUGUGGUUGAUAUGCUAUUUGGUCAUUGUUACAUACGCACCUGUCAACAGGAUUGAUCAGGAUAUCCUACUUGGUCAUUACAUCAUCUCCGCCUUCUUCCCAAUUGGGUCAGUCGUUCGGGCGCUGUUCAUUGCUCUUAAUUUGUUCUCUACGACGUGCGAUGGAAAUGCGAUAGCAUCUAACCCAGCGGCUAUAAACGUGUAUGGGGCACCCAUCUUGUACUUGAUUCUGCAGAGCUUGCUCCUCUUUGGUGUCCUCUUAUGGUAUGAUAGUGGAGCUGGGUUCAACUUGUUCCGCCGCUUCACGCAAAAGUCGAUUGACUCAAAAGAGAAUGAGGCGAUCCUGGACGAAGAGGUUGCCAAUGAGCUCACUCGUGUCACAAGCACACCUCAAGAGUCGGACGGGCUGCGCGUUUUGCACCUUACAAAGACAUUCAAGAAGAAUACGGCGGUUGAUAACGUUACUUUUGGCGUCAAGCACGGUGAGGUGUUUGCUUUACUCGGUCCCAAUGGUGCGGGAAAAAGCACAACGAUAUCCCUUAUACGCGGUGACAUCCAGCCAAGCCGCAACGGUGGUGAUGUACUGGUUGAGAAUACCUCUGUCAGCAAGCGUCGUGCCGCCGCGAGAAGUCACCUGGGCGUAUGCCCACAGUUCGACGCUAUUGACUCAAUGACUGUCGAGGAACACCUUAAAUUCUACGCAAAAGUCCGAGGCAUUUCGGACGUGAAUCGCAACGUCCAUGCUAUCCUCCACGCUGUGGGCCUCGCGGCCUUUUCCAAACGCAUGGCAUUUGCCCUAUCUGGUGGAAACAAGCGCAAGUUGUCACUCGGCAUCGCCCUGAUGGGCAACCCCUCCGUCGUUUUGCUCGACGAGCCGUCCUCCGGCCUCGAUGCCGCUGCCAAGCGUAUCAUGUGGAAGACGCUGGGCCACAUUGUCCCCGGAAGAUCCAUCUUGCUCACGACGCACUCAAUGGAGGAAGCCGACGCGCUCGCGAACCGCGCCGGCAUCCUCGCCAAGCGCAUGCUGGCCAUGGGCACCGUGGACAACCUGCGGGAACGGUUUGGGGACGCACUACACGUCCACCUCGUGAGCAAGUCGGCACCCCACUCGACGCCCGAGGAGAUGGAGCGCGUACGUCGGUGGGUCGUAGAAGCCUUCCCUGGCGCACAGGUGGAAGAAAAGACAUAUCAUGGCCAAAUGCGCUUUUCUGUGCCGGCAAGCGAGGUGAUCCAAGGAUCCGAAACUCCCAACGACCUCGUAAGGCCAGACAGGAGCGGUGAUUUACAGCGGGAGCGAAGUGCCAUUGGCCAGCUGAUCAUACUGCUGGAGCAGCAGAAAGAGGCAUUGGGCAUUGAGCAUUACAGCGUCACACCGACGACGCUGGAUCAGGUAUUCUUGACCAUUGUCGGGCAACACAAUGUCAAGGAGGAGAAUUACGAUGAAAAGGCCAAGAGAUCUUGGUGGAGACGUAAAUAA